UUCUGAUAUACAGCUUCUUUUGGUUCACUCUACGACUUCAAAAUGAGCAGCCCAAAGCGAAGAAUCGAGACGGAUGUUAUGAAGAUGUAUGCGCUUCCCCCGAUGCCCGACGGCGACCCCUCCCCCGCGACGGCCCUUGUCGAAUGACCCAGACCUCGGGAAGAUAAUAUGAGAUGGGAUAUUGUACUGACACUGUCCAGGUUGAUGAGUGACUAUGAGGUGACUUUGGUUAAUGAUAAUAGGCAAGAAUUCUACGUGCGCAUCAAAGGCCCGGAUGAGACACCCUUCGCCGGCGGUCACUGGAAGGUCCACGUCGAACUACCCGACCAAUACCCGUACAAGAGUCCAAGUAUCGGUUUCGUUAACCGGAUUUUCCAUCCGAAUAUUGACGAGCUUUCCGGAUCGGUUUGCUUGGACGUGAUUAACCAAACUUGGUCGCCUAUGUACGACAUGAUAAAUAUUUUCGAAGUCUUCGUUCCGCAACUCUUGCGUUAUCCGAACCCUGCCGAUCCUUUAAACGGUGAAGCUGCUGCGAUGUUGAUGAGGGAACCCAAGACUUAUGAGGCUAAGGUGAAGGAAUAUGUGGCAAAAUACGCCAGCAAAGACGCUGUCGAUGAUGCCGAAGAAGACACCGAGUCCGAAGAUGAGCUAAGCUCCGCCGGCAGCUACGAAUCCGGCGGCGAAGAGCCCGCCGGCACAAUGGACGACGUCUAGCCAACUUCUCUUUUCUUUCUUUUUUGAUAACCUGGCCUCUUGUAUACUGCAUCCUCAUCAUCAUAUUCCCCCCAAUCUAUGCACUUCGUCUAUGUCUAUCGGAAUCGAGCUGGCGUUACUUCGAGGUGGAG